CCUUUAGAAUUGACUCUAACAAUGGGUAAGAAAAAUAAAAAGGAAAAAGGCAAAGGAGCUGAGAAGGCAGCUCAAAAACUCGCCAAGAAAGAUCGUAAAGCUGAGGGGAUGGAGGAUCUGGAAGCGAUGAUCGCUCAAUUUAAGGAAGAAGAUAAACAAAGAACGACGUUUACCGAAGAAGUUUCUUCUCACCCAACACCGAGGACAAAUCUAUCAGUGACCACUCAUCCUGAUAAAGACGAACUUAUUUUCUUCGGUGGGGAGUAUUUUAACGGUAAGAAAACGACGGUUUUUAAUGAUUUGUUUGUUUAUAAUAUUAAGAAGUCUAAAUGGAUGAAACAAUCUGUGCCCAACCCUCCACCACCAAGGUGCGCUCACCAAGCUGUGGCUGUAGCAAAGGAAGGGGGACAAUUGUGGGUCUUUGGGGGGGAAUUUGCAUCUCCAAAUAACCUACAAUUCUACCAUUACAAAGACCUAUGGGUCUUGAAUUUGAAAGAGCAUAAAUGGGACCAGAUAAAAGCUAAAGGGGGACCAUCCCAAAGAAGUGGACAUCGCAUGGUUGUUUACAAACAAAACAUUUUCGUGUUCGGGGGUUUUCAUGAAAGUCAUAAAAACUUUAUUUAUUUUAACGAUUGUUAUUUGUUCAGUUUAAGUGAUUAUACUUGGGCAAAGCUGAGUCCAACUGGAAGUGGACCAUGUCCUAGGUCCGCUUGCCAGUUAGCAGUAACACAGGAUGGCGUGUUAAUUAUUGGCGGGUAUUCCAAAGUUAAAGUGAACAAAGAAGUUGACAAGGGAACGUCACAUUCAGAUAUUUUCCUUUUGAGAGAAAAACCCGGGAAUAAAUGGAGUUGGGAAAAAGUAAAAGAAACUGGGAACAAACCGUGGCCAAGAUCCGGGUUCUCUGUCGCUCCUAUCUCCGGGAAUCGAGUAGGAUUUUUUGGAGGAGUUUGUGAUGACGAAGACGAGGAAGAAAUCAAGAGUUUGUUCUUUAACUCGAUGCACUGCUUGGAUACAGUAUCAUACCGGUGGUUCAAUGUCGAGUUUUAUAAAAAAGGGAAAGAAAAGAAACUUCCAGAAGAUGAUGUUGGUGAUGUUAAAGAUGAUGAAGUGAUGAAGAUCCUUCCAUGUCCGAGGAUGAAUUCAUCACUCGCGGUGAAGAAACACACGAUGUAUUUGUUCGGGGGGGUUGUUGAAGAUGGAGAUAAACAAGUUACGUUGAACGAUCUGUGGUCCAUUGAUCUUCGGAAGUUAAACUCGUGGGAUCAGAUCCUGGAGGCGGAUGACACAGGAGCUGAUUGGUUCGAGGAGGAGGAAGAGGAGGAGGAGGGAUCAAGUGAAGAGGAAAUGGAGGUUGAUGAACCUGGAUGUAGCGGGGAUCAUGUUAAAUGAUGAUCUUUAUCAUUCAUGGUUGAUUUUAACCCAUGGGUUUUGAUAUAUAAAGUUAAAAUUUGGGUAAACUGCCUGCAACCAGUACAUCAUUCUGCCACAGUACACAGUUGCAACCCAACAGUAAUCAAUAUUUUGAUUUGCAUCAUUCAUUUUAACAGGGUAUUUUUCCAUGAGUUUGAUAUUUGAUUUGGUAUUUUCUACAAUACAUCUUUUAGAAGCUUUAAAACCCCUGUGUUGCAGACCAAGAAGUUUUGUUGAUCAAUAUCAUUGUAGGCCAUGAAGCACAUGGUGAUAUUUGAUGUGGUUGCAUGCUAUGCUACAAUACACUUAAUAUUUUUAUCAGCUUUAUAUUACCCCUGAGUUGCAACUGAUUCUGGGCAUUAAAGUUUAAAUAGCCGCGAAAUUUUUGCUUUUUUACGUUUGUAUUUAUAAUGGGGUAAUAUGCCAAAUCCUGGGACCCCAACCAUAUAGAAUAGAAAUACGUUGUAUUUGAUAUUCUGUGUUGGCUGCAUGUUACACUGGUUAACAAUAUUUUAAAACGGUGAAGUAGGUAUAUAGCAACAUAGGUUACAAUGCAAUAUUUUCAGAAUAGGUGUCUUUUUUAUGCCGACUUAAAACACAUUUUCCCGGCAGCGUUUGUUUUGGUAUUUUAAUAAAGUAAUUAUUAAAUCGA